CCGGGCGGGAUAAUUGAACCGCGCCGCGGGGCCCAGCCUUGGCUGCGGAGGCUCGGCCGGAACGUGGAGACGCGCUGUCCCCGCGCCGCGCACCAGCCAAGGCCCCGCGCCCCGCGCCUUUGUCCGCUGCGCCGCCCGCCAGCCCGCCGCCGCCGCAGCCUCAUGGAGCGCGCGGCGCCCUCGCGCCGGGUCCCGUUGCCGCUGCUGCUGUUCGCCGGCCUCUCGGUGCUGGCGGCCCCAGCGGGCGCAGAUGUCCCCAUGGAGACUUGCUGUGCAGAUGGACAUCGAAUGGCCACCCAGCACAGGGACUGCUCCCUGCCGCAUACCUCGGAAUCCAAGGAAUGCAGGAUGGUCCAGGAGCAGUGCUGCCAUAACCAGCUGGAGGAGCUACAUUGUGCCACAGGUAUCAACCUGGCCAACGAGCAGGACCACUGCACCACACCACACGGGGACAACGCCAGCCUUGAGGCCCUGUUCGUGAAGAGAUGCUGCCACUGCUGCUUGCUGGGGAGGGCGGCCCAGGCCCAGGGCCAGAGCUGCGAGUACAACCUCUUGGUAGGCUACCAGUGUGGGCUGGUCUUCCGGGCGUGCUGCGUCAAAGGCCAGGAGACCACUGACUUCGCUCCUGCAGACAAUGGGGACCUCCAAGAAGCAGCUAAGAUGUCUGUGAUUGAGGAGGAACAAGAGGACCCAUACCUGAACGACCGCUGCCGAGGCGGCGGGCCCUGCAAACAGCAGUGCCGGGACACGGGCGAGGAGGUCGUCUGCUCUUGCUUUGUGGGCUACCAGCUGCUGCCGGACGGCGUCUCCUGUGAAGAUAUCAAUGAAUGCAUCACGGGCAGCCACAAUUGCCGGCUUGGAGAGACCUGCAUCAAUACAGUGGGUUCUUUCCGCUGCCAAAGAGACAGCAGCUGCGGGACUGGCUAUGAGCUCACAGAGCACAAUGACUGCAAAGAUAUUGACGAGUGUGAGAGUGGUAUUCAUAACUGCCUCCCCGAUUUUAUCUGUCAGAAUACUCUGGGAUCCUUCCGCUGCAGACCCAAGCUACAGUGCAAGAGUGGCUUUAUACAAGAUGCUUUAGGCAACUGUAUUGAUAUCAAUGAGUGUCUAAGUAUCAGUCCCACGUGCCCGCUCGGGCACACGUGCAUCAACACGGAGGGCUCCUAUACGUGCCAGAAGAACGUGCCCAACUGUGGCCGUGGCUACCAUCUCAACGAGGAGGGAACCCGCUGUGUUGAUGUAGAUGAAUGUUCACCACCCUCCGAGCCCUGUGGCCCAGGGCACCACUGUGUGAACUCCCCUGGAAGUUUCCGCUGUGAGUGCAAGACUGGUUACCAUUUCGACGGCAUCAGCAAGACAUGUGUGGACGUCAACGAGUGCCGGCGUUACCCCGGGCGCCUGUGUGGCCACAAGUGCGAGAACACGCUGGGCUCCUACUACUGCAGCUGCACCGCGGGCUUCCGGCUCUCGGCCGAUGGCCGGUCGUGUGAAGAUGUAAAUGAGUGCGACAGCAGCCCCUGUAGCCAGGAGUGUGCCAACGUCUACGGCUCCUACCAGUGCUACUGCCGCCGAGGAUACCAGCUCAGCGACGUGGACGGGGUCACCUGCGAAGACAUCGAUGAGUGCGCCCUGCCCACCGGCGGCCACAUCUGCUCCUACCGCUGUGUCAACAUCCCUGGAAGCUUCCAGUGCAGCUGCCCCCCGUCUGGAUACAGGCUGGCCCCCAAUGGCCGCAACUGCCAAGACAUCGACGAGUGUGUGACCGGCAUCCACAACUGCUCCAUCAACGAGACCUGCUUCAACAUCCAGGGCGGCUUCCGCUGCCUGGCCUUCGAUUGCCCUGAGAACUACCGCCGCUCCGCAGACACGCUCCGCCAAGAGAAGACGGACACCGUCCGCUGCAUCAAGUCCUGCCGUCCCAACGAUGUCACCUGCGUGUUGGACCCCGUGCACACCAUCUCCCACACCGUCGUCUCGCUGCCCACCUUCCGAGAGUUCACCCGCCCAGAAGAGAUCAUCUUUCUGCGAGCCAUCACGCCAGCGUAUGCCACCAACCAGGCUGACAUCAUCUUCGACAUAACGGAAGGGAACCUGCGGGACUCCUUUGACAUCUUGAAGCGCUACAUGGAGGGCAUGACCGUGGGUGUGGUGCGCCAGGUGCGGCCCAUCGUGGGCCCGUUUCACGCUGUCCUGAAGCUAGAGAUGAACUACGUUGUCGGGGGUGUGGUGUCCCACCGAAAUGUCGUCAAUGUCCACAUCUUCGUCUCUGAGUACUGGUUCUGAAGGUGGGGCCACGGGGCAGCCAAGUCUGCACCUCCAGGCCAAGUCAUUGCUGCCAACCACUGUGCCCUGUCCCUGUUUGUACCUCCCAGGCAUUUCCUGAUUUUUAUGUAUUUGUUUGUAGUGUUAGGCAGACAUGUAUUAAGCUGGGCCAGAUGCAUAAGUCCAUUUGAUGUAUUUUGGUGUUUAAAUGAGUCUAAUUAUUCAACUAUUUGGUUGAAAAUGUUGCCUAAUUUUUAAUGCAAUCGUUAAAUUUUGCUCCCUGUAAGCUGGGCAUUGCUAAGGACCAAUGAAAGAAAAACAUUUUUCAGGGGUUAGCUAGUGCAAAUGCCAAGAGAAGACCACUUUUUGCCCUGAUUACAUGAAUUUUGACAUUCAGUACUUUUUUAGCCCAUCAGAUUUUGUAUGCCCAAUUUUAAGGACACAGCUGCUGUAGACUAGUAGGUAUGAUCAAUUCUGCCCAGAGCAGCAUGACACAAUGCCUUGGGGAGCACUGGGAAGGUAAAUUGCGGUCUGUUGAAACAGAAACACCCCUUGGUAAAGACACGGCCUGUUAGGUUUGUGUGUGGCCCCAGUAUGAUCACCAGGAGAAUGGCUGGGUUUUCUCUGCUCCCUGCAUUGUCUUUUCUUAUCAUAGCUGGGAAAAUAAACAGCUUUGUGGUUCUCCUG